AAGAAAAGUGAAGUGGCCGUACGCGUUCUCAGCAUCAUUAAACUCGUGCAAUCAACAAAUACUGGCGUCCCCAGCGAACGAUAAAGAUCCCCAGUCGGAGAUCGAGAUCGCGCGUGUGGCCGAUUUCCCAUACACCACGAGUUCCCUUAUCAAUCGUAGUGUUGCAGGUGCAAUGAAAAAAAGAAGAAAAAAAAAAUACGAACGCGGCGUGUCCGUCGACCGCAAAACUCUCCGAUGGCUCCCCUACUCAUUUUCUUUCUCCUCCAUCCGCGUAUAGCGCUGCCACUCCCUCGGGGGACCAGCAGCAGCCGCGUGCGCGCCUCGCUGCUUUGCGCUUAGGCUUGCCAGUUGCCGAUCGUCGUCGGCCGGCGCCGCUUGUUGCUCCACGCUCGUCUUGAUUAUUAUAUCUCUUCCAUCGGGCAGUGCCGGUUACCUCUUUAUUUUGCGCUCAACUUUUUUUUGUGACUGUGAGUUGGAAGGUUUAGAUCCUGGAUUCGUAAGAACGAGCCUGUGGAAAGGCAGCUCGUGACUCGACGCCCGCUGACACGCCACACGAGAGAAGAGAAAACAAGGAAAAGAAACAAGCCACUCGUCGUACAAAUCUGCCCGGCAACGGCAAAGCGAACCAGCGAGGAGGGAGACUAAUUGGAUCGGCGGAGCGACGGCGCCCGUCCAUGCGGCAAAGAUGAUCCGCGUUCCUCGUGCGCCGCCGCUCCGAUCUUCGAGGGAGAGCGCCUAAUAGGCAGCCCGACAGAGAGGCGCGGAGCGAGAGCGAGACCGAGAAAUAGACGUGCACAAUGGGCAGCUGCAGGAGCCAGCGAUUCGCCGAGGUGGUGGUCGGACUGGCGCUCGCUCUACUCGUGGCGCUCGUCGUCGUCCUGUGGACCGGGUCAGCCGGCGGUGCCCGCGAGCUCGAUGCCAACGCCACUGCUGCGCCUGCUACGACCGUCGCGAUGAGGAGGCAGCAGCAGCAACAGCAGCAGAAGCAGAUGCCCGUGUACACUAGAGACCUCUUACAGCACGUCGAGACCGAAGCGCCAGGGACGACGAGCGAGGAGCCAAAGUGGCGGGACGACGAGCCAACCUGGAGCCACUGGAAAGCCGAUAUUUUGCCGAGCGGUGGUGGUGGAGACUCCGAGCACAUUGUCCUGGCCAAGGCCAAUCAAAAUUCUUACGAGGAUCCCCUCGACGAGCAUUCCAAAGCGGAGCGGCACCACAGUGGACACUUCCGUCAUGUACAGAGCAAAGUAUGGGACCCACAUCCUCAAUACGAGUUCAUAGCUUUUGGUCGAAAGUUUCACCUGAGUCUUAAGGAGGACAGUAGCUUCGCGCCAUCCGGCGUAUCGGUAACUCACAUAAGCGACAACAUCACCAGACGAGAAUAUCCGGAUUACCAUCUAGGCUGCUUUUACAGUGGUUUCGUCGAAGGUGAUCCCAAGUCCAACGUGGCUGUUAGUCUUUGCCACGGCAUGACGGGCCACUUGCGAACAUCGAGCGGCAACUACCUGAUAAAGCCAACAGAACAGGGUCCAGUUGGCUCGCCACUACGACAUGUAAUCUAUCGUCAACCCAAGGUCAACCUUGGAGCUGCAGCAGCAGCGUCGGCAGGUAAUCGUACGGCCAACGACCUACCUGACAUCGCCGAGCCAACUGUCGCCAAUGCAACCGCAACACGCGAAUGCGGCCUGAUGAUCGAUACCGAUACCAAGGAGACUGGCGAUGCCGGUGACACGGCGAUCGACGACGAGCUACGCGGAAGGAGGCGACGCAGGCACGUGACUUAUCCCUACGAAAGAGAUGACAACAGUUACGCGGAGCUGGACUGGGCGGACCGCGGCUCGGAUCUGGAUAUUUAUGGGAGCUGGCGGACGAGACGCGCCAUGCCGCGCGAGUACUUCAUCGAGAUAAUGGUGGUCGCCGACUCGAAGAUGAUAGAUUACCACGGGCCAAGCCUCACCAGUUACAUCUUAGUCCUCAUGAGCACCGUGUCGCGCAUCUACAAGGACCCGUCGAUCGGCAAUCCGGUGAGCAUUGCCGUCAUCAACAUCAAGCAGGUUGAUGAGGUGUUCGGCACCAAGCAGCGGGACAGUGACGGCAUUGGCGCCGCCGAGAUGCUCAGGAAGUUCUGCCAUUGGCAGAAGCUCAACAAUCCGAGCGAGCUGUCCCCGGAACAUCACGACGCCGCUCUACUUCUUACCAGAGAAAAUCUGUGUCACAAUCCAGAUCAACGGCGAUGCGACACGCUGGGUCUGGCCGAACUCGGGAGGAUGUGUUCGCCAGGAUCGUCGUGCGCGAUCGUCCAAGAUAAUGGGCUUGCGACUGCUUUCACUAUCGCCCAUGAGAUUGGCCACGUGCUAAAUAUGCCGCACGACGACGACCCAAAGUGCACGAGGUUUCGCGACCAAUCCGGCGUGCACAACAUCAUGUCGCGUAUGCUCGACGACAACACCGUGCCCUGGGAAUGGUCCAAGUGCUCCAGACACUACGUCACCGAGUUCCUCGACGCCGGUAGCGGCAACUGCUUACUGGACAAGCCGGGCGAGGGCAAAGUGAUGUCGCGCUCGCUCAACAGUCGUCUGCCUGGCGAGGACUACUCGGAGAACAAGCAAUGCGAGCUGGUCUACGGGCAACGCUCGGAGAUCUGCCCGCACAUGGUGAGCGAUGUAUGCAAGCGGCUUUGGUGUACCGUGCCGUACUGGGAUGACCGGAGCGAGGAAUGCCACACGCAGCACAUGCCAUGGGCAGACGGCACAGUCUGCGGCCCAGGAAAGUGGUGUCACCGCGGCGAGUGCGUGUCGCGCGAAAAUCUGGAGCCGCUCGACGGCCAGUGGGGCGACUGGAGCAGUUACGGCGAGUGCUCGCGUAGCUGUGGCGGUGGCAUCGAGAGGAAGUACCGCGAGUGCAACAACCCCGCGCCCAAGCACGGCGGCAACUAUUGCGUAGGCGAGCGCGUCAGGUACAGGAGCUGCAACACCAGGGAGUGCCCGCCGGGCUCAACCGACUUCCGGGAAAAGCAGUGCGCAGCUUUCGACAACGACAACCGGAACAUCCGUAACUUGGCGAAGAACGUCAAGUGGCACGCCAAGUACACUCGCAUACUGCCGGAGGAUCGUUGCAAGCUGUACUGCCAGGUGGCAGGUAACCAGUAUUACAUGCUGCGAGACAAGGUGAUCGACGGUACGCCCUGCGGCCCGGACACCUUCCACGUGUGCGUCAACGGCCACUGUAAGCCCGCCGGUUGCGAUCACAUGCUCAACUCCACAGCUGCACUCGAUACUUGCGGCGUAUGCCGCGGUGACAACUCCAGUUGCCAGAGGAUCACCGGCUCGUACAAUUCCAGCGAGUACGGCUACACCAGAAUUACCAAGAUACCGGCUGGCAGCAGUUACAUCGAUAUUCGACAGCACGGCUGGAAAGCAUCGCACAACGACAGCAAUUAUCUCGCCCUACGAUUGAACGAGGGUGGAAAGUACAUACUCAAUGGCAACUUUAUGGUGAUGCAUCGUAAAGUGAUCGUCCAACCUGGCGUCACCAUCGAGUACAGCGGACCGGAACAAGUGGUCGAAAGACUGAACAGCUCGAGACCUAUCCAAGUUGACCUUAUUCUCGAGAUUUUGUCGGUGGGUAACGUGUACCCGCCGCAAAUCACAUACGAAUACACGGUGCCGAAGCGAAUUCUGGCGACGUUCACGUGGAUCCUGAACGAUUGGACUCCGUGCGAUCGCAUGUGCAAAGGCAUCUCGUACCGCCAGGCGUUGUGUCGCAACGCCGAGACGAAAGAGCUGAUGUCGGAGUCGUACUGCCCGAUCGAGGAUAAGCCGCCCGAGAUGAACCGGCCUUGCAACACUCAUUGCGAGCUCAAGUGGCAAGAGAUAGCGAACACCAAGUCCGAGUGCUCGAGCCACUGCGGGCCAGGCACGACAGUAGUGAAGCACCACUGCGUCCAAAUCAAUCUCGACCGGCCGGACUUGCGUACGCGAAACGUGCCGCCGUACGUGUGUUAUCACCUCGAUAGACCGCACGAGGUGAGACCCUGCAAAGGGCCUUGCGACUAUGCUCAUUGGUUGUACAGCGAGUGGAGCACCUGCUCGGUGACUUGUGGCGACAAUGGGGUGCAGUCUAGAACGGCGCUAUGCGUCGACAGAGAUAACAAAACCGUCCAGGAGGGAAAUUGCUCGAAGGAGGCGAGAGUUAUUAGGCAAUUGUGCGGGGUUCAUCAGGCUUGUCCCAAGUGGACGUUCGGCGAAUGGAGCCCUUGCUCGGUGACUUGCGGCUUCGGCAAGCGGCAGCGACCUUACUGGUGUCGAAUAGAUAAUCGCGUUGUUCAUCCGAGCAAUUGCAAGGGCCACCCCACCGGUAUCACGGAAGUCUGCGACGCUGGAUCUUGCCCCAUUUGGCAAACGGGCGACUGGAACGAGUGCUCGACCACGUGCGGCGAGGGCAUUCGCCGACGAACGGUUACAUGUAAAUUCACUAAUGGCACUGCGACCACGUUUUCCCAUUGCGACCCACUAACCAGGCCUUUCAACAGCAUUAGCUGCCCGCAAAGUCCAUGCCCCACUAAGGCUACCUUCACGCCGGUCACGUACUCGUCGCACUUGCCGAGCGACGAGCUGUCUCAGCACGAGAACGAGGUGGACGGCCAUCGAAUAUCAUUCCGCUCAGGCUACGAAUGGCAUAUCGAAGGUUUUGAGACGUGCACGAAAUCGUGCGGUGGAGGCAUUGCCAGGCAGAUAGUCCAAUGUAUCUCGAUAGAGACGAGCAAAGUGGUACCCAAUAUAGGCUACUGCGACGCGAACAAUCGGCCGAACGACACGGUCGCUUGUAACGAACAUCAGUGUCCGAAUUGGACGACGGGUGGUUGGAACCAAUGCGACGUGAAAUGCGGCGAAGGCUACCAGCAUAGACAGGUGCUCUGCCAGGAUCUCCGGGGUGAAAUCGUGAACGACAGUGAUUGUUCGGAGAAGUCGAGGCCGAAACACGCCAGACGUUGUCAGAAGGCCGAGUGUCGGCCCAACAGAAAUAACUUCGGCUCGCAGGCUGUCGCUACGUACAAGUGGCGUACAGGGCCCUGGAGUGAGUGCUCGGUGAGUUGCGGCAACGGGAUGCGUCGACGCGAGGUGAGCUGCCACCUGGUGAACAGCUGGGGUUGGCAGGAUCCGAGUCCCGUAUCGUCGAUCAAGUGCUCGCUGAGCGACAAGCCCGUGAGCCAGCAGUGGUGCAAGCAGCGCAACUGCAACGAUCAGUACGUCUGGCAGCCAGGGCCCUGGAGAAAAUGCUCGCAGCAGUGCGGUCGCAAGGGCCGUCAGUCGCGUCGCUUGUUCUGCUAUGACGUGCGCCAUAACAAGAAGGUGAAGCGCCGCGGCCACUGCCUGCCCCAGCUUCGUCCGCAGCGCAAACGCAAGUGCAACCAAAAGCUGUGCGUCGGCCCGACCACCUGCCUCGAGGUGCAGACGCGCUUGAAGACCAACGUUGACGGCGAGUACACCAUCCUCGUCGGUGGACGCUACAUGUCCAUUUACUGUCACGCCAUGGACGCGAACGAGCCCACCGAAUAUCUCACUCUGCCCACCGGCGAGCGGGAGAAUUACGCGGAAAUUUACGACAAACGGCUGCGAGACCCUACCAUUUGUCCCUACAACGGAAUACGAAACGAUAGCUGCGAAUGCGCUGACGGCACUGACGCUAUCGCGGGCAGGACGAUGUUUAAAAGGAUCCGGAUCGAUGUGCAUAUUUUGCACGUUAUCGCCGACGAUUACCGAUUCGCCAUGAAAGCGGGACCCAAUCAUAUUCCAUACGGCAAAUCUGGUGACUGCUACAGUCAGAGGGAUUGCCCGCAAGGUCGGUUCUCCAUCAAUCUUAGCGGCACGCUCCUGAUGUUGGCGCCGGAAGUUCAUUGGCCGAAGCAACCCAACACUUACACAAUGAUCAACAAAGUUAACAAUCAGCAGGUUUACGGCAAGUGCGGUGGCUACUGCGGAUUUUGCGCGCCCUCGCCGGGCCUCAAACUCAACGUCUUGCCGCCGUGAGCUCGCCAAACUUCAACCUCCAAGUGACAAUAAUGAAAUGCAACACUGGACAAUAAUUGAAUAAUAAGUAGUGGCAAAUUCUGUUAGCGAAUGUCUUUUUAUGUCGAUGCCAUAAAUGUUUAACCAAACGCGCAAUAUCUGUCGUGUAUGAAAUGAAUGUGUGUACAUAUAUCUAUUUUUUAUUCUAAUCAGCCUUUGUAAUAGAUAGUUUUACUUUGCUGAACGAGUAUUUUACGUAGACUUAAUUGUUUUCACAGCAAUAGCGUAAUGUCGAGGCGAGCUAACAUAAUACUUGUACAUGUAUGCGUUGUAUGUUCACAACGAAAUCAAACAAACAGAAAAUAAUACGUACGCUGCAUUUCGAUCUACGUAUCAGUUUUUAUAUAAUAUAUAAUACGCUGCCGUGUCGUAGAAGAAUAUCAUGCAAUAUCGCUUUUAAUUUUUAGGUUUCCGAACGCGCGGCCAGAGGGGAAAAGCCAAUGCCGCGACUAGCUUAAUCAAACUUAAUAUUUAUUACAUUUACAUGUAUGUGUAACUGAUUGAAUUUAUGUUGUCCGACAAGUAACUUUCGUGUCUAUGUACGAUAAAGAUAAAAAGGAGGACUCGAACACAUCAGAAAAAUGUGUCUGUACUAGUCAUUUGUUCUGGGGCACUUCAAAGUUCUUAUAUGCAAGUUUAUCCAUGUUAGUGCCACAAUUGAAUAAUUCUCGAUGAAAGUAUUGAUUUUCUUAAAAAAAAGCAAUAUAUUAAUAGUAAUAUUUAAAGAACGCGUGACAGAUCGUUUUUAUGUUGGGUAACAGAGUACACUUUAACAGUUAAGGUUCAUUCUUUUUUUAUGUUCACGUAGACGAUAAAUAAUGCAAGAGACUCUCUAAUGAAUUAUACGAAGGUAACACUGCCAAUUUUUCAUGCAAUGCUGCCAAUCGAAUUAGUAUUUAUUGUAUAUCUCAUUCUAUGCAGUUACGAAUUAAUAAUAAAUUUUUAAUAUAGCACUCGUAUAUAUAUAUUACUUCAAAUGUUUUUAUAGAAGAUGUAAUAAAGACGUAAAACGAUAUAAAAAA